AUGAUAGGUACAGAUACCUAUCGAAUUGUUAUUGAGCUCCCGAACCAAAACACGCAAUCCGCCCGUGACUACAGAUACUCUCCUAUCACUGUUGUUGCCAUCGAUAAGGAGAACUUUCCAAAUAUCAAAACCAUGUCACUCGAACCGCUCCGAGGACAACAUCUAGGAGACGGCUAUAUCCGGCUAUAUCGCGAGUUCGAAGCCGAUGACUCUGCUUUACCAUCUCCGGAGCACUCUCCGAAGCACUCAAUCACUGAACCAAUACCCAAUCAUAUCGCAGGCGAUGAGACGAUGGUAUCGAUAGUGGCAGUGCCCACCUAUUUUACAGCUACCGAUCUUUUGGGGUUCAUAGGAGAGGAGUACAUGGCCAGCAUCACACAUAUACGUAUCUUGAAGAGCGAAAAGCCCAAUCGGUUUCUUGUUUUGAUCAAGUUUGAUGAUAUCGUGAAAACCGCUGAAUUUCAGUACAAUUUCAAUGGCAAGCCUUUCAAUUCCAUGGAGCCGGAAUCCUGUCAUGUUGUAUUUGUGAAUUCUGUCAGCUUAACCGCUCAAGAACAAAUACCUUCUACGGGGUCUUUAAUACCUUUUCUUUUAAACGACCCAUUCACUUCCCUGAAUUCAGAUACCUUAAUAGAGCUUCCUACAUGUCCUGUUUGCUUGGAAAGAAUGGACUAUAAUAUAACGGGCCUACUCACGAUUCCGUGUCAGCAUACUUUCCACUGCCUGUGUCUUUCAAAAUGGAAAGACGAUACCUGCCCCAUUUGUCGGUAUUCUAAUGACGUCUCAAACCAGAAAAUACGACGCAGUAUCAGACGACUACUGCAGUAUCGUCAGCGUACGGGCUCUUCUUCCGAAGCUGCCAACAUGGAAGCUGCAACUUCGUCAAUGGCAGCAAUGGCUAUCGAUGAAGAACAAGAGCACUGCGCAGAUUGUGCCGUGGAUAACAAUCUCUGGAUCUGUUUGAUAUGUGGUAAUAUGGGCUGUGAUAGAUAUGCUCCUGAACAGCACUCUCUCAAGCAUUUUAUCAACACCGGUCAUUGCUUCGCCAUGGAGUUGGAAACCUCCAGAGUGUGGGAUUACGCAGGAGAUAAUUAUGUGCACCGUCUUGUUACCAACGAGGCCGACGGCAAGCUAGUGGAGCUUCCAGAGAAGAUUGCUACGUCUUCUGGUAGUUUUAGGAAAGGAUCAGAAAAUUUCGACAAGGUGGAUGAAGUGGGUUUCGAAUACUCGCAAUUGCUAAUCAGUCAAUUGGCUAGUCAGAGAGAGUACUACGAGGGACUCUUACGUUCUAAGGGUUCAAUAAGUGGGCGAGGUCUGGUAUCUGAGGAUACAGAAAAGGUCAAACGGUUGCAAAGUAUGGUCGAUGAUUUGAAGAGUGAGAUUCACGAUACGAUACCAAACUUGAAAUCGAAGCUCGCUGCCAAAGAUCAGAAAGUACAAAGCUUAUCUCGGGACUUGAAUGAAGCAAAUCGACUUAACGAUGCGCUCUCAGAAAAGGUGGAGUAUCUAAUGAAAGCUAACGAAACACUUCAGGCUACCAAUAAUGACUUGAGCGAACAGGUGAAAGACUUGAUGUUUUUCUUGGAAAGCCGGGAAAAAUUCAAGGAUCAGCCACAGGAUGUCAAAGAUGGCACCAUUGUCAUUCAGGAGGAUAAGAAGAAAAAGAAAAAGUCGAAAAAGAAGUAA